AUGGCGCGCAGUGCCUACGGUGUUUAUGGCGGGAAAUCAGGUUAUCCUGUAAUGGAGGUUGCUCAAGAGGUCAGUACGAACGAGGGUGAGAAUGCUACUGAAAAGAAAGCGCGGCCUUCAAAAGUGUUUAUGGAAAUUUGCAAUGAGCUUGAUGCAAAUAUUGAUUCUGAGUUGCUCGACCGGUCUUGGAAGCAGUAUGAUACUGUUGGACAGCAGUGUAUUUUAGAGGGUAAUGAGAAAGCUUGGAUAGCAUGUGCUAUCUACCUAUCGAUGUGGCAGAGUGCCCCUAUUGGCCAAGGGCUCAGUUAUAGAUAUUCAUUAAUUGAUUUGAUCCGUAUUUGUAGGAUAAGUGUAUUGGAAUUCUUCGAGAAGCUUAGUAAGUGGGUAGAAAUGGUUGGCAGCCCAAGACGGUUGCAAGAGCAAGUCAGUCGGAUUCAAUCAUGUCUCGCCGUCUCGGCAGUAGUUUAUAAAAAAUUUCUUCCAAUUUUUCGAAAGCUUUUUGCUGCACCUGGCGCCCAAGAUGAAGAGAAAAAGAAAAAGUGCAAAAAAGUUUUCGAAUUAUUAUGGACUUUGUUUAUUGCCUUAAAAAAACAUUUCACAAAUGAUGAUCUGAUGAGCAGUUUUCACUUGUUGCUAUGUUGCGUUGAUUUCACUUUUCAAGAUAUUCGGCACGCCAAUCAGAAGGAACUUCUGAAUACGAAUUUUGUUAAUACUUUGAAUGGGGAUCCUGACUCUAUAUUGGAGACUUUGUGCAGAACUUUCGAAGGUGUUGUCCUUGAUGCAAAACAUUUUUGCACUCACUGGUGGUUACCACGCAUUAAAAAGAUGGUGGCAGAUAAACAUCUAGUGCUUACUCCUGAGCUCCGUGACUUCUUUGUAAAUGCGGAUACCAAUCUUGCUAAAUUGAACAAAUUUUACGAAGAAAUUUUAAUGAAGAAGGGAGAGAUGGAUGAAAGGAUGUUUAUACCAAAGGAUGUUUCAACGGUAUUUGACGAGAGUUUUGACGAAAGUGCUGUCCAUCAGUUACGAAGGUCAGAGUUAGACGCCAACUGGGAAGUAGAUGCGGAGCUGCUGUUGAGGAUGAGUACUCAAAGUUGCUUGGAGAAACUACACGAACAAAGAGCUCAACAGACUCCCCUUUCUGGAAAAAGUUAUAUCAUAUCAGGAGAGCAGUAUUGUCCCGUUACUCCCAUUUCUGCCGCCAUGUAUAACGCGUCGAAGAUGGAAGCGCUUUUGCGAGAUGGUUGGCAAAUGUCUAAUAGUGAACUAGAAAGAAUAAUGUCUGAGUGCAGAGAAGACCGGAGCAGCUUUAUUACUGGCUAUGUUCGUACGCUAGGGGAAAACUUGGAAAAAGCUGUCGAAGUUGAGAAAGCAGAAAAGGGUCCAUCUUUUGACGAGAGUUUUUCGGAUAUGAUAUCGGUAAGAAGGAGCAACACAGACACAUUAUUUUAUCGCCUUUUGGAGAAAAUAGCCGUGGCUGAGCGUCAACGUCUUUCGCAAAAUGAAUAUAUGGAUUUAGGGUCUGUCCUCAGCAAGGAAGAACUUCUUAAGUCGGUUUACGCUUGUGCCCUACAACUAGUUCUCUUUACUUACCAAAGUGAAAGGGAAUUUCCAUGGUGUUUAGACAUGUUGCGUAUUGCACCAGUAAAUUUUUAUAAAGUUAUUGAAUUGGUCAUACGUGCGGAACCAGAGCUUUCUCGAGAAAUGGUCAAAUGUUUAAAUAGGGUGGAAGAACGUGUACUUGAAGAGCUUGCUUGGAGCCUUGGGUCACCAUUAUGGCAAACGUUAGCUAGAAGAGCCGAUGGCGUGCCAUCCAGUCUUUCAGUUUCGCUGAACGCUGUUGAAGCGUACAGUGCUCGAACGCAGUCUAUGUACGGACUUUCCCAACGUUACACAUCUUCACCGGUGAAAUUACAAACCGGUGUAGCUAAACGGCGUUUGGAAUUCGAUGACGAGGAUGGUCCACCUUUAACUAAAAGAGUGGCUAUUGAUUCAGAAAAUAUGGCUUCAACUUCCGCAACGACCCUUUUUUUCCGAAAAGUCUACUACCUUGCUGCUGUACGCUUGCAAGAUCUUUGUGAAAGAGUAAGGCUAGAUGAGCGGGGAAGGCAGCGAGUGUGGACUCUGUUUGAACACGUUUUAAGGACCGAAACUUCCUUGAUGGCUGGAAGACACUUAGACCAAAAUCUGAUGUGCUGUCUUUAUGUUGUUGCUAAAAUUGGAAAACAAGAAGUCUCGUUUCAUGACAUAAUGUAUCACUAUAGACGUCAACCUCAGGCAUGCUCGAGAGUUUAUAGACGUGUUUUGCUGGAGAGGAAUGCGUCACCAAGCACUGUUUCUGACGACAAUGCAUCGCGAGAUUCUGUUGGUUCUAAUUCGGGUGGCCGGUUUCGAUCUGGCUCUGCCCUACCUGUACCUGGUACCGGCAGUGCUCCACCAACUCCAGAACCUCAAAAUUUGGAUUAUAGUGACAUCAUUCGUUACUACAAUCGUGUUUUUGUAUCAAGAGUGGAAUAUUUCCUCAAGAGGUUACAACCAGGAUUAGUGGACUUGAACGAGAAUGGUGUCAAUCUUCUUUCUAUGCCGACUCUUCGCUGUCACACUCUUUCUCCUAGAAGAAGUGUUACUGACCAUGUGUGUGUACAUCCGAUGUCUACAGCUACGUUUCCGGCUUCUCCAUCGCGCCCACUAAGAUACUGUUUUAAUCGGUCACCAGGAAAGGUCGUAUUAAAAACUUAUAACUUAAGUUUAUUGUAG